AUGAAGGACUCUAUAGUUCUAUACCCUGCUUUGGGGAGGGGACACCUAGCCUCAAUGGUUGAGUUAGGCAAACUCAUAUUAACCCAAAACCCUUCAUUUUCCAUCACAAUUCUCAUCCUUACCCCACCAUUUGGCUGUGACGCCACCGCUAAAUACAUAGCCACCGUUUCUGCCGCCGUACCUUCUAUCACCUUCCACCACAUCCCGUUCACAUCACUCCCUGCCGCCCUUCCAUACAUUGGCCACGUCCUCCAAUCCAUUUCGGAAACAACCAACCUUAAGGCCAUUGUUAUGGACUUCCUCAAUUACAACGCCACCAAAGUCACCACCAACCUUAAUAUCCCCAAUUACUUUUACUAUACCUCUGGAGUUUCUAGUCUCGCUGUGUUUCUUCAGCUUCCAAUCAUUCAUGAAAACACCACAAAAUCCAUCAAAGACUUUAACAUGCCUCUUCGAAUCCCUGGAUUACCAAGGGUUCCCAUAGAAGACCUACCAGAUUCAGUUAAGGAUCGUACGACUCAUGGUUACCAAGUUUACCUUGACAUAGCAACAAGCAUGAGGGAGAGUGAUGGUGUAAUCAUAAACACCUUUGAUGCCAUUGAAGGAAGAGCUAUUAAAGCAUUAAGCGCUGGGUUGUGUCUUCCAGAAGGUACCACACCGCCUGUGUUCUGCAUUGGACCUGUGAUUUCAGCCCCUUGUAGAGGAGAUGAGAGUGGUUGCUUGAGAUGGCUCGAUUCACAACCGAGUCAAAGCGUCGUGUUGCUGAGUUUUGGAAGCUUGGGAAGGUUUUCAAGGACUCAGUUGAAGGAGAUUGCUAUUGGGUUGGAGAAAAGUGACCAAAGGUUUUUGUGGGUUGUGAGGAGCGAGUCAGAAGGGGUGAACUCGGAAGAACCGAGUUUGGACGAGUUGCUGCCAGAAGGGUUUUUGGAGAGAACCAAGGAGAGGGGAAUGGUGGUGAGAAAUUGGGCUCCACAAGCUGCGAUUCUGAGUCAUGACUCGGUGGGUGGAUUUGUGACUCACUGUGGGUGGAACUCGGUGUUGGAGGCUGUUUGUGAAGGUGUGCCAAUGAUGGCGUGGCCACUGUAUGCAGAGCAAAAGCUGAACAGACUGACUAUGGUUCACGAAAUGAAGGUGGCUUUGGCACUUAACGAGUCCAAAGAUGGAUUUGUGAGUGCAACUGAGUUGGAAGACCGAGUUAAGGAACUCAUGGACUCGAACAAAGGAAAAGAGAUUAGACAGAGGAUUUUCAAUAUGAAAAUAAGUGCUGUGGAAGAAAGAGCAGAAGGUGGAUCUUCCCAUGCUGCUUUGAAUAGGUUGGUUCAGUUGUGGAAGCAAUACUGA